AUGCGACUACAGCUACACAAGGCGAGUGAGGCCAUCCGCAAGGCCGACGCCGAAGCGUUGGCCUGGCGGCAAGCGCGACGGGAGGUUCUCCAAGGUGGAGACGCAGCAUCAGCAUCCCUGAAGCUGGCUCAGGCCUCGCUCCUGCAGAAACGGGAGCAGCUAAAAGUCUUGCGCCUUGAAGUCCGGCGUGGGCAGCUUUCGCCAGCCAUCCAGGGGCUAAAGCAUGUGAUGGGCGGUGAUAGCUUGCUGCGGGACGUCCUGCAUCGCUGGUGCCACAUUGCGCUAUGGUCGUCAAGGCGACCAUCAGAGAUCGAGCGGAGAGCCAUGGCAGGAGAGCAGGCAGACACCCUUGAAACCACUUCAAGUCCUCUGGCAACACUGGAGCUUGUGCCGCAAAGCUUCACUGCAGAGGGAAGCAUUGAAGUGGCCCUUGUUGCUCGAGUGGAACAGCAAGUGCACAGGACAGACAGCCAGCGGCUUCGUGGGAAAGCCACUUGGUUGGAGAAUCACUUCAAGUUCGAGGCCUUUUCCUGGAAUUCCACCUUGGACUUGGAGGUUCUGUCUUUAGGUUCUGGUGAUCCUGAUACCUUGGGAUGCACUUCAGUGGACUUUCUCUCCCUCACACCUGGCAAGUGGCACGUGCUCAAGGAGCGGGUUUGGGGCAGUACUUGUGGAAGGUUGGAAGUUUGGGCCUUCGUCACAAUGUGUCCUCCAUCGCCUGUACCUGAGGUGGUGAUUGCUGAUACCAUGCCCAAACCAACACAGAGGGAAUUACAGAAGAUGCACUUGCAGGAACUUGUGAGGGAGGAAGCGGCAGUGCCCCAGACUUCAAAAGCGUCGCGCGAAGGAAAAAGUCAAAGGGAAUUGCAGAGGAAAGAGCUUGAGAGCUUGCUGGAGAGCCCGACUCAUGAGAAGCAGAAAGAGGCUAAGAUGAAGUCUCUCGAAGCGAAAAUUGCAGAGAUGCAGGCUGAACUCGAAGCCAUGAAGUCUGCAGGCACCUCUGCGAGACAGAAACGCGAUCAGCCACUGGGAGAAUAUUCGGAACAAAGUUUCCCAUGA